GAGCAGUUGUGCAUCUCUAAUUCCCAAGCGCACGUUUGUCAAAACAGAACAUUUGAUUGCUGUCGAGGAUUAGCAUUAAUUCAAGAUGUCCUCGUGGAAGAAUGCGUCGAAAAGCAACCAAAAGGUGCACAGGGAGCGCCACCAGCCGGAGGCGCGCCAGCACCUGGGAUUCCUGGAGAAGAAGAAGGACUACAAGAAGCGUGCCAUCGACGCACAGAAAAAGCAGAAGACCCUGAAGCUAUUGUACCGCCGGGCGCAGAACAAGAAUCCCGAUGAGUUCUACCACCACAUGAUCAACUCCAAGCUGUCCAACGAUGAGCACCACGAGAAGGACAAGAAGGACGAGCACACUCCGGAGCAACUGGCGCUCAUGCAGACGCAGGACCUGAAGUACGUGGUGAUGAAGCGCACCAUGGAGCGCAAGAAGAUCGAACGCCUGAAGGUCUCGCUGGUGGACGUGGAUGCCAUAGCGAAAGCAGAAAACAAACGUAUCACCUUUGACGAAGACGGAUACACAUAUUUGGACCUGCGCGACAGGAUCUUAAAGGAUGACGAUGAGGAGGAAAAGAAGAGGAAAUCGAAACCAACUGAACCAAACCCCUCCAAACAGCAGCGCAUCAACGAGCUGAAGAAACGCGAGCAGCGUGAAAGGGAACUCGCCAUCGUCCAGGAGAAGAUUCAGCUGCAGAACGCCCUCAAGCAGCCACGUCUUCUGAAGCCGAAGAAAAUAAAGGCCGGAACCAAGGACGGUGCGCCCGUCUACAAGUUCCGCUACGAACGCAAGAAAUAGGAUGGUCUUGUUCCCCUUUAGUUAAUAAAGCAAUUAAGUGUUAGUUGAAGACUUUUGACAAAA